CGCGCGGAGCGGAACAGUCCGCGCUGUGGCCGGAGCGUCCGCGGGAGCCGGCCGGGGCAAGAUGAAGCUCAUCGUCACGGAAAACUAUUCUCAGGCCAGCGAGUGGGCAGCCAAAUACAUCAGGAACCGCAUCAUCCAGUUUAACCCUGGGCCCCAGAAAUUCUUCACCCUGGGCCUUCCCACUGGGAGCACCCCCAUCGACUGCUAUAAGAAGCUUAUUGAGUACUACAACAAUGGGGACCUCUCCUUCAAAUUCGUGAAGACGUUCAACAUGGAUGAGUACGUGGGUAUUCCCCGAGACCACCCCCAGAGUUACCACUCCUUCAUGUGGAACAACUUCUUCAAGCACAUUGACAUUGACCCCCAAAACACCCACAUCCUGGACGGGAACGCAGCCGACCUGCAGGCCGAGUGUGCCGCCUUCGAAGACAAGAUCAAGGAAGCCGGUGGGAUCGAGCUGUUCCUUGGCGGCAUCGGCCCUGAUGGACAUAUUGCCUUCAAUGAGCCGGGCUCCAGCCUGGUGUCCAGGACCCGUGUGAAGACGUUGGCCAUGGACACCAUCCUGGCCAAUGCCAGGUUCUUCCAGGGAGACCUCUCCAAGGUGCCCACCAUGGCCCUGACGGUAGGUGUGGGCACCGUCAUGGAUUCAAGAGAGGUGAUGAUCCUCAUCACUGGUGCUCACAAGGCGUUCGCCCUGUACAAGGCCAUCGAGGAGGGCGUGAACCACAUGUGGACCGUGUCUGCCUUCCAGCAGCAUCCCAAGGUGGUGUUUGUGUGCGAUGAGGAUGCUACCCUGGAGCUCAAAGUCAAAACCGUCAAGUAUUUCAAAGGUUUAAUGCUUGUUCAUAGCAAGUUGGUGGACCCCUUGUACAGUAUGAAAGAGGAAGGCCGGCCUUCUAAGAAACCAUACAGUGACUAACCUGUCCUGGAACCUACUGCCAAGUACCUCAUUGAGCCACCUGGGUCUUUCUGGAAAUGGGCUUUAGAAGAAUAGCAUCGUCUAUGUCUUUUAUCCAGUAUGGUUAGUCCAGAUAAAGGGGCAAACAUCUCUUUCUUGCUAUACUCCGAAGGGAAAAACAUCUCUGGAACUGUAUCCCACAAUCUUGAUCUUUACCCCAUGUCGAUGAGGGGCAUUAACUAACUUCCUGUUCUGUGGCUGGCAUUGUUUACAUGCCCACCACACUCCUCAGGAGCCCCUGCCGCCCCUCCUCUGGCUCCUCCUCAGGAGGGAACUGGCGCUUGGGUAUGUUGCACUGCCCUGGCCCCUUUUUGGAGACCUGCUGCCCUAGAUUAAGACGCAGGCUGUUUACACUCAGUGUGAGGAAGCAGUCCCUGCUCAGUGACAAGUGUCAUGGAAAGAAAACGCUCCCUUACGUCCUCCCCCAACCCUAGUUGUUUUCUCUGUUCUCACAGCUGACCUUUCUGUGAACUGGGAGGACUCCUUGGGGCAGGAUUUGUGUGGAGAAGGCCUUUGCAGAUGAGCCCAGAUUCCCAGUGGGUCCAGACACGUCAAACUCCUCCUCUCCCUCAGGGCCCCAGGGCACCAGGAGGGAGAAGGCAGAAAGCCUCUCCCCGCCCCAGAGCCCUGUGUUUUUGUUAAACGGUCUCAAUGGCUCCUCAUUCAGUCCACACUCAGUUAAAGGUGGGAGGGAGUCUCCUGGGGAGGAAGACACCACCUCCAUUUCAGUGUUAAUGUGUGGCCUAAAAUUCCCACAACAUCAGGAAAUAGGCUGCUUUCUCCAUUUAUGCUUCCGCCCUUAUGCAAAGGAUGAGUCCAGUGCACGGCCUCCCUCUUACUCUCCCCAGUAAGCCUCUGUGCGCUCGAUGCUGCCGCCUCCCUGCUCUUGUGCCUGCCUGUUUGAAGUUCCCUUUCUUUCUAGAAAGACCUUGCCGAGACUGGCUCACAUCUCGUAUUAGGGCUGCAUUUAGUACCAGCAUUUCGUCUUGAGCCUUUGUAUGUGAUUGUGGUGACAUUCUAUUUUGGUCUAAGGGAAGAAUGAACUUGUUUAUAAUGUAAUAUUUUCUAUUAAAUUCAGUAUUUUCAAAUAAAA